GCAUCACGUUUUCCGAGCCAAACGAAUCCAAACCAAAACAAACGGAUCUCCAUCCCAUUUAAUUGCUGCCGGAGAAGGAUUAUAGCCUGCCAACAAGAUGUCCUCGUGGAAGAAGGCCUCGAAGAGCAACCAGAAGGUGCACCGGGAGCGCCACCAGCCGGAGGCGCGCCAGCACCUGGGAUUCCUCGAGAAGAAGCAGGACUACAAGAAGCGCGCCUUGGACGCCCAGAAGAAGCAGAAGACCCUGAAGCUCUUGUACCGGCGGGCGCAGAACAAGAAUCCCGAUGAGUUCUACCACCACAUGAUCAACUCGAAGCUCUCGAACGACGAGCACCGCGAGCAGGAGAAGAAGGACGAGCACACGGCCGAGCAGCUGGCGCUCAUGGAGACGCAGGACCUCAAGUACGUGGUCAUGAAGCGCACCAUGGAGCGCAAGAAGAUCGACCGCUUGAGGGCCACCCUGGUGGACGUGGACGCCGCCACGGCGGGCGGAGCGGGCAACCAGCGGUACACCUUCGACGAGGAGGGCAACAUGUGGGACGAGACCCUGGGCGAUCGGCUCGAGGCGGCGGACAAGAAGCCGGAACCACCAAACUCCACAAAACAGCAGCGCAUCAACGAGCUGAAGAAACGAGAGGUUCGCGAAAGGGAGCUGGCCAUCGUCCAGCAGAAGAUUCAGCUGAAGAACGCGCUCAAGCAGCCGCGUCUUCUGAAGCCCCGGAAACUGAAGGGCGGCACCAAGGAGAGUGCGCCCGUCUACAAAUUCCGCUACGAGCGCAAGAAAUAAGCAUCUUUAGUUCUUUAUCGUAAUAAAGCUUUUAAGGUGUUACUUGCAAAUUAGAAAUUAGAAAUAGAAAAUAGAAAACUUGGCCUUGAAUUUUGAUAACCAAAAGUCACAAAGUCGUUGAUCCCCAUUAACUACUUAUCAGCGAGAUGGAAGCUUUCUUUGCGGCUUUGGCACACGGAUUUUGUUCAGUACG